CGCCGCAAAAGAUGGCGGCCACUCUGACAUUCGCCGGUUGCAGCUCCAUCUCCGGCGCUAUUGCCGAUGCCCGACGCAAUCUCCCCUCCUCUUCGUUUAUCGGCGGAGAUCUGUGCUCCUCGCCCUUCCGCGGAGUUCGCUUGAGUGAUGAGAGGAAGUGCAGCGACGGCCGGUUAGCUGCCGGGAGGGUGAGAAUGAGAAGAGCCAAAAGAGGCAGCCCGAUUCGCGCAAUGUCGGCCGGAAACGGCGCUUCGUCUUCGCCGACGAGGCAUCUGAAUGAGUACAUGGUGACGAUCGAUCGGCCUCUCGGUGUUCGCUUCGCCUUGUCUCUCGAUGGCAAAAUCAUUGUCCAUUCUCUUAAGAGAGGCGGCAAUGCGGAGAAGACGAAACUCGUAAUGGUUGGCGAUACUUUGAAGAAGGCCGGUGGUUCCGCCAGCUCGCUCACGGUGAUUGGUGAUAUCGGUGCAGCACAGAAGGUGUUAAUGGAGGAUGUUGAUCCCAAUACACCGAUGACUUUAGUCCUGGAGAGACCAUUCUUUCCUUUCCCAAUUCAUCUACUCGACUUUUCGAGUGAUAUUGGAAGCUUCAAUAGAGGAAGAGUGGCUGUGGUGACUUGGAACAAAUCUCUGCUAGCAUCAGGUCUUCAAAGUAAUGAGGAAAAUGGGAAUUCCGGAUUUGCGUCAUUUUCUUGGAACUUCCUAUCACAUCAUGGGUGGAAGCUUUUGAAUGAUCGAACUGGGAGGAUGGAGUCUCCAGAGUUGAGGUAUAAGACUCAAGUUGUGAGCAUUUUGUCUGAAGAACAGUUUGGAGAUGGAGAAUGGGCUCAUGGGAACUUCCCUCUGGAAGAGUAUGUGGCUGCAUUAGAACGUUCCAAAGAUGAGUUGUACUAUGAUCAUUCUCUUGGUAUGCACUACACUAAGGUUACAGAGCAAAUAUAUGUUGGAUCAUGUCUACAGAAUGUGGAGGAUGUAAAAAGAUUGUCCAGGGCGGUUCAUCUGCAUCAGGGUAUCACUGCAGUAAUAAAUUUCCAGGGUCCUACUGAAGCAGAGAACUGGGGAGUUAACUUGAAUGCAGUAAAUGAGGCGUGCCAAAGGUCUAAUAUCCUAAUGAUCAACUACCCAAUAAGGGAUUUGGAUUCAUUUGAAUUGAGGAAGAAAUUACCUUUUGCUGUUGGCCUCCUGUUCCGCUUAUUGAGAAAAAACCAUCAUGUUUUGAUAACUUGCACUACUGGUUUUGACCGAUCUCCUGCUUGUGUGGUUGCAUAUCUGCACUGGAUUACCGACACUUCCCUUCAUGCAGCGUACAACUAUGUCACUGGUUUCCACGUAUGCAAGCCUGACAGAGCUGCAAUUGCUUGGGCAACAUGGGAUCUGGUUGCUAUGGUGGAAAAUGGGGUGCACGAUGGACCGCCAACACAUGCUGUAACGUUUGUGUGGACUGGGCAAGAGGGGGAGGAUGUGUCCUUGGUUGGAAGCUUUACUGGAAACUGGAAAGAACCUGUCAGGGCAACUCACAAGGGCGGGCCAAGAUUUGAAGUUGAAUUGAGGUUGCCACAAGGAAAGUACUACUACAAGUACAUUAUUAACGGGGACUGGCGGCAUUCAAAUUACUCACCUACAGAAAGAGAUGAAAGUGGUAAUCUAAACAAUAUACUUGUGCUCAGUGAGCCUGCCAGCAUAAAGCACACUGUUCAUCAAAAUCAGAAGGAUAUCAACAUUGUGAGAGUUAUCGAGAGGGGGCUUACGGAGAGUGAGAGAUUCACUCUUGCUAAAGCCGGUCGCUGCAUAGCUUUCUCUGUCUGCCCGCAGAGACUGGCUCCCAAGUAAAACUACAUGGCAUGCUGUUCUCAUCCCUACCAGAGAUGUCCCUAUGCUACAACUUGGGGAUGCUUACUUGGCAUCAUAUUCUGUCCUGGUAACCGUUAAGUCUUACCUCCCAAGACCUCAUAUAAUACGCCGCUGUGGGUUACAAUCACAGCUCACUGCCGAUAACAUUGAGUAUGGAGAUGGCAAAAUACGUUGGGCCACAAAUAAGCAUGAAGAACAGGUGAAUACUACAUGCUGCUGCUGCUGUUGGUGUCAUUGGGCCAUACAUAAAAGUGAUCAGACGAAGCAAGUUAGAAACUGCAAAGGAUAUGCAGCUUGCAGGCGUUGCUGGUGUAGAUAAGCUACUGUUACUGCUAUCGCAAUACUUGGGCUGAAUCAAUUAAUAAACUUGCUAUGAUUCUUCUAAAAUAGGGGAAAAGACAUUUGUUAUGUAUCUUUGUGUUGAGUGAAGAUCAUAAAUGAGGAAGUUUUGCAUUUGGGAAUAUAGGUGUUUACUUUGCUCUAAUCAAGCUUAGGCCAAGUGUAU